AUGCUGCCCCAAAGCCAUGCUCACUUAGGGGGUUCGCAGCGCGCAGCGCCCGUGCAAGCCAACUUACACGCAUAUCGUGUAAUCGCAUCUCCAGCAGCUGCGGGCUCCACCGAAAGAAGAGAGGAUGAAGCUGAGGGUGCUGCUGUGGUAACUGCAAACGCAGAGGCGUACGGUUUCCCACCCUUUGCAAAACAGUCAACACAAGAUAGGUCAACGAGGGCGGAGGGCCCCUCUGGAGUAUUGGCUAACGAGGCGCUGAGACCCACAGAUGCCCUCAAAGAUAUUCAGCAGGAUGCGAAGUCAAAUUCGUCACAUGCUGGCAAUGAUUGUGGCAAGGAUAGUCCCGGGAAGCAUCAUCUCGGCCUCCGUCAGCUGGCCUUCCAGUCAGUGUUGCUGUUAGUGUCAUGGAUCUCCCUUGCUGUUUUCCAACCCAACGGCCGGCCCCUUCUGCUCAUCGCCGCCAUCGCUCUAUCUCGCCUGCAUCUGGGAUGGCUUCUGUGUUGCAUUCUGCGCAUGGUGCUGCCGCGCUACAUGAGCACUGAUCUAUCCGAAGAUCCCGAGGCCAAGAAGCUCGACCAGGGCAGGCUGUCUGCGUUUGUUGGUCGUUUGGGGUACAGAUGUUGGACUCGGAUGCCUCUGCGUUAUUGGCACUGCGCUUUUUACCUGUUGCUGCUGCUGGCGGCCUUCUGGGCAGCCUCGGUGGUGUGGGAAGACUCGCAAGAGGGACUGCAGGCACUGCAGGGUGGAGGAGGGACGGCCCUGCCGUCAACUCAGACUUGGCUAGGCGGGGGCUUAUCACCUCUGCUGCUGAACUCCGACUCGCCGCAGCACGUAAAGAUUGCCGCAACAGCGGUAGCUCGAGGGCGCGAGGCGUCGGACUAUCUUCUUUGGCUGCUGCACUCUGCAGCACAGCAGAAGUUCGGGCGGGUGCUGCUGUUGCUGCGAAGUUUUACUUUCUGGAUAAACAGUUUUCUCUUGCAGCCGUUUGUGGCCGUCUUGGGCCACACCGGCCUUUUUGCUAGUGUCAACGGGACCUGCAGCCUUUCAGAUGCCCCUGAAGUUUCUCCAGACAGUGGGGACCCUCAGGAAGGAUGGCUUAUGUGGUUGCAAACUGCUGUUCAGAAUGCAGUCCGCAGUCUUCCGAGCGCUGCGCACACUUUCUUGUGUGGCGAGAGGACAGGCGGCAGUAUUUGUAGGGAGGAGGAGGCUGCUGCGUGGCGGCAUAUUGUCGCUGAGGCUCCACCUGACUUUGGAGGUGAGGGAAGCGCAGUGGAAAUAGGGCCGUACUGCUUGGCGCUGGUUCUGCUGCUCGUCUAUUCCUUGUCAGCAGCGCUGCAUAGGGUCUGUCUUGCGGGUUUCGCGGCAAUCAGACAUACCUGGUUCAUCUGGAGCUUACAGGAUGGCUCCACGACGAGGCCGUUGGGCGAAAGCUUGGGUGUUGCGUGCAAGAGCGCAUUGACUGCAUUUGCAGUUGCCUUCGUGUUGCUCGCGCUGCUGUGGGGUGCAGCAGCAGCAACAUCUCGGGGUGUUGCUCUCGUGAGAUUGGUUUGGGGGCAUCUCCUUGGCAAAACGUCUUCUGAGUGUGAAAGGAACGGGCACACCAAGGCUGCAAAGUGCAGCAGCAGUAGCUGCCGCCCCAGAGUGGGCAUACGGCGCAGUCGAGGGAAUGUAGGGCUCGAGAUUUUAGCUGCUUGUCUGACUUGCUGGGUGCUGCUGCUGUCGGACCGUGAAUUUGUCAUGUUCACGUGGGUCACGCUGCAGCCGCUGCGGCUGUCUGUGUUGUCCACAGUGCUGCUGCUACGGCUGCCUUCUUCCCAGGUAGCUACCUUGCUGGCUUGGCCCCCUCCUCUGCGAGAGCCAGCGCUGGUGCUGCAGCGGUCACAGCCUCUCAAGAUAAUUGAUCCUGUAGCUGUGGGUUCGAUGCUGGGAUGCGUCCUCGCAGCAGCAGCUCUGCGUCUUCUGCUGAACUUGGUGGUCAGACUGGGAGGCCUGGUCAGGAGGCCAUUUGCCUCCUCUCGCGUGAACCAGGCCGAUGGCGGCGUAGGGCUACUAGGCGUAUCGCGGGGGCACUGGAAAGUGCGCAGCAGCAGUCCUUCGGGGAGCGACUCACCUGCACCUAGCACCCUCUUGCAGAAGCUACAGGAGCAAAACGGAGUCAUAGCGGAGUUACAGGCAUCUCUGGAGAAAGAACGCUGCAGGGCCACACUGGCGGAGGAGCUCAUUGCAAAACUGAAAGAAGCGGCCCGGACACAGACAAUCUUGACACCUCCUGAGGUUAACGGAGACACCAGCCCACACGCACUGCCAGUGAAGCCUCAUGCAGAUUCCCGGCACAGGCUUGCAUCGCCAGGUGAAAUUUGCAGGGGACAGGCGCCGCAGACCCAUCACCAGGACCAUGGUAAACAACACAACGAUACAGAAAAGGGCCAGCAGAAGCAGCAGAACCAGGAGCAGCAACGGCAGCAGCAACAACUGGAGGGCAAUCCCCGUGUGAAAGAUUUGCAGCAGCAAGUACAUGGAGCCGCGGAACAACAGAUGAAUGUGUACGCUGAGCAGCUGCAAAAGGCUCAGCAACAGCUGGGGGAAUUGCAAAGGCAACUCCGCGGAGCCCAAAGCCAACUAAUGGAGCUGCAGCAGAAGCGGGAUACCGAUGCCUUGGCCCAUGACCAACGACAGCAGCAGCUGGUGUCAGAGGCUGCACUGUGGAGAGGAAGAGAAGGAGAGGCGCGUGCCGAGUGCGAGCGGCUCAAGGUAGACCUUGCAGAGGCUUCCCGAGCCCUUGAGGGUUUAAGACGGGCCCACGGAGGGCAGCAACAGGAAGCCAACGUGGCUCAGGCGGAAGACAAAGGGCAUAUCAAGCGGAUGGCGCAGCUGCUUCAAAAACAGACCGAAGAAUUAGCCAACAAAACGGCAGAGAUAAAUACACUCCGGUCGAAGUUGACUCAGGUGGCCACCAGCACCUCACGGGGAUCCCCCAGCCUCGUCGACCUUCCGUCUGAGACUCCGCGGGUCCAGCCAAAAAGGCUUGUAGAGCAGACUGAGGACACCGCACCGAAUCUCGUCGUGGGCGGGCUCUUGUCGAAGCUCGAUGACAUUACCCACGGGAUCAAGCAAAAUGUUGAAAACGAUACAAAAACCGUCAACCUACACAAAACACACUUCAGUAGUCUCGGAUGUCGAUUCUCACCCAAUCUCUCCCACUCCUCAAAUACUGUCGCUUCAGGCAACACUUCAGAUGACACAGAGUCCCAAUUGAACCACAGUUCAAGGGACACGGCUUUCUCUGGAGAUGACCCUCCGCUUUUGGAGGACCCGACCUCUGUAGACCCCUCGCCCAGAAGGAAUCCCGGAGCCUUCCGGCGACUGGAGCGCAAGGAAGCACUUUCGAAGGAGGAGUAUGGGAAAUUGGACGAGGCACUGCAAACAAUCGGCAAGUGCAUCUUCCCGCUGCGCACGGUGCUGGAGCACCUCGAUCUGCCCCAAGCGACUCUUGAUGCUGCGCGUCGACUCCUAGAGACUACGACGCAAUAUACUGGAGACAGCGCACGGCUGCAAGAGAUUUUAGCGCACCCCAGCAACUGCACGUGGGAGGGAGACGUGAAGCUUCUGGCCACUGACAUGGAGGUGCUUGGUCAAGCAUGGCCUUCCGAGGAGUCCUGCAGACGUCUGCUGCAACGACAAGGGGACGUCCACACUUUGUCGCCUGUAGAGCAAAAGUUCCUCCCGUUUGCAGAUUUGCCUCAAGGACGGAAGCGCGUGGCAAUGAUGCAAUUCGUGUUGGGCCUCGACGUACAAUGGCAGGCUGCCUGCCGCCGGCUGGACCGCAUGGAGGCGUCUCUUUGCUUGCUGCGGAGGUCCACCGUGUUGCGCACUUUGUGUGCGACCUGCGCUGCCCUCCAUGAAGAAAUGAACCGAGCUUGCACUUUUGAGGCCUUUGAGGGGGCAGGAGGGACGGAGGCUGAGAAAGAGACCACAGGCAUUACAGCAUCUACAGCCCCGACGCCGUGGUGUACACGAAUAUGGAAAACAAGCAAAAGCUGCGAUGCUGCCCUACGGGAGUUCGCAGUCUGGAAGGACAACGGCGACUUCAACUUCGCUUGUCUCAAGAAUGCCGCCAGCAUCUGUCCCCCUGCCCUGCAGGGAUUUUCUCUGCUGCACCUCAUUCUUAGUGUAUCGGGGGUCGCAGCAUGCGAGGGGGAGAUCGGCCCCACCGCGAAUGGUGAGGGUGCAGAGGUGGACAGCACGUUCCCGAACCGGUUGAAGACAGAAAUAUACGGUGGCACCGCCCCCUUUUCUUCCUCUUCCCCGAGCGAUGCAAAGAGCACCGCCAUCUCGCCUGCCUCAUGCCCAUCAACGGCCGCUGCCCCAACGCAGAAGUGUGACUGUGCGAUUUGCGAGGACGCGGAUUUGGCCCCUCGCGGACCUCCGCGAGACUGGCGAAGGCAGCUGCUGAUGAUGAAGCAACAAAAGAUCUUCAGAACUCCCUCAAGAAAGACCCUAAGCCCCAGCACAGACGCAUCCCAUUCGCAGUCUCCUACGGCAGCAGCAGCAGCAGCAGAAAAACAGGACACCAGCCCAGCAUCCGAUGGACUCGAAGCUGCAAUUGCUAUUGUUACACUGUACUAUGACGAUUUGACCGGGCGGCAAAACAAAUUGGCGGACAUGGGCAGACAUAUGCAGCAGGAGGUGUCUAUGGCUAGCCGGUUUUACAGGAGUGUGCAUGGAAAGCUGCUGGGUGGGGCAUCCGCAACCUCGCGAACUACCUCUCGCUCGUCCUCUGCUUCCUCAGGAACAGGAGGUGGAGAGACUACGUUCGUUCGAAGGGUGCAGGCUCCACCCGCAGCAGAGGCUGCUAGCGUCCCGGGUCAUGUGCCUACAGAGACCGAACGGCGGCUGGAGCAGGCCUGCCAGAUCCUCAAGAACAUUCACUCUACAGUGCCGCUUCUAACAGACGCCUGGAGUGGCUUCCAUACUGAAGAAAAGGUAGACGCCCUUCGGGUGAUGGCUGGGUUGUUAGAAACGUGGCCCUUUAAACAAGUGGCUACAGAUAAGACAGCCCUAGCUAAAUCGUCAUUGCUGUCGUUGGAAAGAGAGGCCGCUCCUCUGCGCGCAAUGGUAGCCAAGGCGUCGUCUGCUGCUGUGGCAGCGGAGGCAGCAGUGAAGGCACAGGAGGCAGCGCGACGCGUUAACGCUUCUGAGGGCACAGCACAACCCCAGAGGAGCGUACGGCAAGUAGAGGUCAACCGGUUGCAUGGAUUAGGUGCAGGAAAGCAGCUGCACCUUGAAGCCGCGGAUAUGGGCAGCCAAGGCAGCGACAGGUCCAUCCCGUGCCCGACGUUGUUGACAGGCCAGACGGUUUCAGGCCAGCUCACAAAAGGUAGCCGUUCGCGACAACCGAACACAGCGCUACCUCUCCCUGGCAAGCCAAUGCGACGCGUCGGCACUGGGGGCAACUCCAGUACCAACGAUUCCUCAGCGCAGGCGAGGAGGCCUGUCUCGUACUCGCGCGGUUGGAGUGGAGCGUCAGCAGCUCCACCACCUAAGCAGCUGCACGGGCGCAUUAUCCGUACAAACACGCAACCUACAGAAGCAGCCGCGUUGUUUCUAGGCAGGGCUGGCGGGAAACAAGCGCGUGAGCCUGCUCUUUCUCCACCGCUGGAGAAGUCCGCACUGACGAACGGCCAGCAGCGCAGAUCCAGUGGCCCAGGAGAUGUAUUAGACAGCAUGGCUUGCGAGCAUAUCCCCCCGCAUCCAAGGCCGGAGGCUGCCGAUGCAGCAACGAAGACUUCAGCGGUUUCUGGAGGCGCGAGCACGGUUCAGAGGUCGCCGCAGUUAGAACCUGCAUUGGUGACCACUAUGGUGCAGAGUGACAAUGGGUGUCAAAGUGCCCCUUCACCGUGUUUGCUAGACAAUUCGGAUGCCCAUUGUGACCACUCUGGAGUGGAAGAAGCCGCUUUGAGCGGCAACGGCGUUCAAAGCCAGUCAGCCCAACAGCCGAAGUGCCUGAACCCCCCAGACGGAGCAGCUGAUUUGGCUUCUGGUGGAGAAGAGCGAGAGGAAAUGCGGUUUCUUGAAGAAUCAUGA